AUGAGAUAUAUUUCCGCAUAUCUUCUUUCUGUUGCUGCAGGAAACCAGAAGCCAACAGCUGACCAAGUCAAGAAGAUUCUUGAAGCUGCUGGCGUUGAUAUUGAUGCCGCUCAACUUGAACAAGUUGUCACAAAGAUGAACGAAAAGGCAGUCGAAGAACUCGUUGAAACAGGCAAGAACGAGAUGGGUAAGGUUGCUGGUGCUGCCCCAGCUGCUAGUGCUGCUGCUCCAGCUGCCGCUGCUGAAGUUCCAAAGGAGGAAGCUAAGGAGGAAGAAGCUCCAAUGCCAAUUGGUCUUGACGAUAUGUUCGACUUUUAA